GUGUCACAGUUUCAUGAUGGUACUUGGGGUAGGAUUGCGUCACUACUGGUCAAAGUGUGAUUAGUCUCAAAACUUGGUUGAAUUUGUUUAAUAUACUAUAAGACUAGUGCGCUAAACUCUAAACAGUAGGUGUCUAAAUAUUGACACAUGAAAGCAUAUCUGUAGGCAACGCCUUUGUGUGAAUUCGAGUGGACCUGUACUUUGCCUAGGUUAAAUAUGUGUCACAAAUGCUGACUUUUCUGCACAGCCCUCAUAAGCAUAGGGAUAGCCCUUAAGAUUAAUGGAUAGGUGUGUGGGGUGUUACUCCUACGACUGUUUCCUGGUGAUCAGUCAGGGUUAGGGUGAUCUCAGAGUUGUCCACCAUCUGAGAUUGCUGCUGCUCCGUGGUGUGACCACAUGUUGAGGUGUUAACUUGUAUUGGUAGUAGGUGAGAGGAGAGGGUCUGUUUGUGCUCCUUGAGUGGACUGUUCAGCUGUUGCCCUCCACAUGGUAGGGAUGUGGGGGCCACUCCUGGGAGGGGAGGGGGGGGGUUCUCUGGCUGAGACUGGGAUUCUAUUUGUGUUUAGUAAUGGUCUCACACCGUCCAUGGUUUGCUCUGUUUCAGAGUCACAGCUUGGACUGGUCCCAGCAGGACACAAUCCGCCUGUAUUCUCUUCGGCCGCGUUAACGUCCUGUUCAGUUCCUGCUCUGUUUUCCGGGUUCGAGCCAGCCACUCGCCCUGUGUGGAUCCACGUCAACACACCCCUCAGAGUUAGAGGUGUACAGUGAUGCACAGAGAAAAGGUGCCGGGUUUGGCCUAAGCACGCAGUGCGUGGAUUGCGUUUGACGGCUCCGUGCCACCCAAGUGCUGCUGGCGAUCCAGUUGACGUGCUGCUUGCAUUCAUCAUCGUCCUGCCUGGUGGCGCAAGGCUCAGUGUACACCACUCCUUUGAUACGCUCUCACCACUGGCUUCCUGUAGCCACCCGCAUCAAAUUCAAAACACUGAUGCUCGCAUACAAAGCCAAAAAUGGUCUGGCACCAUCCUAUCUAAAAGACCUCAUCACACCCUGUACUGCACCCCGAUCUCUCCGAUCCUCCAGCACUGUUAGACUGGUCCCACCACCCCUCAAGGCACAAGGACGACACACAUCUCGGCUCUUCUCUGUCCUGGCACCUAGUUGGUGGAAUGAACUCCCCCUUGAUGUCCGAACAGCGGAAACCUUGGCUGUCUUCAAGCGACAACUCAAAACUUUCCUUUUUCAGAAAUACCUGAAGUAGUACUCUGUAUUCUUACUCAGCUCUUUUCCGUAUGUGUGUGUGUAUGUGUACAAAAAAAAAUUUUUGUUGAACUUUCUCAACAGUGUUCGGAUAGAUGGUAUUCAUAGCUUGGGUCCUUAUUGAGCUAGUAUCGGGAAAAUUCAUCCCAGCAUCUUAAAGCACUUAUGUAAGUCGCUCUGGCUAAGGGCGUCUGCCAAAUACUGUAAAUGUGUACUGCAGUGUGGUGGCAGCUUCCCGUUGCCACAGUGAGCCAGAUCCUCCCACUGAACAUGCUGCUCCAUGGCUGAAGAUGGAAGUCAUCAGCAUGGAGGGAGUGGGACCGUGGGGCCUGUCACAUGGUCUGUCACAUGGCCUGUCACAUGGCCUGUCACAUGGUGCAUAGACUCUCAUGGGCUUUGUGGAUUCUUGGUCUCCUUAUCUGGUUCAGGCUUCAUCUUCUUUCCGAAACAGCAUAUCCUGCCUGAAAGUGGUUCUAUCCUGAGUGUGUUGGGUCACAGACUGACCCAGCUAUCCGUUCGACUUAAGUAAGGAGUUGAUCUGAGUGUUUCGAGUCCCCCCCCCCUCUUUGGUGCUGGAGGAAUGGCUUACGGUGGUGGGCUUCCUUUAGCUGCCAUGUUCUUCUCCAUGCACUCAGGUUCUCCAGCAACACACUGCGCCUGAGCUGUCGUCCCUGAGUUUACACGCCGGCCCUCCCUUGCUGUUUCCAUGGCGAUCCCCAGCAGUGUCUCCACACCCCGACCUGGCUGGGUGGUAUUUACAGAUGACGACCCCAGCCCUCCCGGCCUGGAGCCCCACCCAGACGGUGGUGGCAGUGCAGUGAAGCCCCGCCCCACUGAAGCCCCAUACCUCAUACAUGGGGGCAGGACUGCAGUGGGUGUGUCCACACGGCAGACUGUCUGGGCCCAAUUUGAGGAUAGGCCUAUGACCCAAACUGUUCCUUCACAACCACAAGUGAAAGGCACCCGACACAGCGUGUGCUCCUCACCUAGCUUCUGGAGCAGCGACCCCCCCUCAGAGAGCAGUGGGACAAGCCAGUCAGAAGACCACAGUUCGCUGGGAGACCUGCCCCCCCUGCCCAGCCAGACAUCCUCCCUCACACACUCGCCCAACUCUUCCACCUUCCAAGAUGAGGGCAUAGACAUGGAAUCACAGAACUGGCCACCGGCCCCCAAGCACGUGAACGGCCAAUCGGAGAGCCACGUGGCCCGCCUUGCCAGCUGGGUGACCUUCGAUGACGACGGACCUAUUUUCUGCCGUCCUGGCGGCCUGCCGCAGUCCAACCACGAUGACAGCUCCACGUCGGAGGUCGAUGGGAACCCCGUAGCCUCUCCCCCUUCUGUCCAGACCCGAGAUGCAAUACAGCACCUCCUGGACCUGACACCGGAAGGAGUCCGUCCUCUCUUCGCCUUGGACGGUCCCCCGUUGAGCAUUGGCUUGCCCAGCAUGAAGAACCCCUUCCUGGACGAGGGUCUAUCACAUGUGCAGCCAUCUCCAAUCAACCCUUUCGUUGACUUUUUCCAGGAGCAAGUAGAAGCCAAGGUGACACCGAACAAUGGCUGCUAUCUAGAGAACACCCAGCAGUCCUGCACCUCUCCUCCAGUCCCUCCUAGCACCGCAGAUAUUAAAAGGGAAUCCCUGUUACCCCUGUCAACUGAGCUGGACACCCCAGCUAGAGGAGGUGUCCUGCCCUGGCCCCCCUCUGAGAGAGGUGGGCAAAGCUUGUGGAUGGUAGAAUCAGAUCAGCAGGAGAGCGCCCUGCUGCCGGACGACCCUGUGGAGCCUGGGGAGCUGGAGGAGCCACCGUAUCAGCCGGCCCACAUGACCCCACGGGAUGGCUGGCCCAUGAUGCUGCGCAUCCCAGAGAAAAAGAACAUCAUGUCGUCCCGGCACUGGGGGCCCAUCUUUGUGAAGGUGUCUGACGCCGGGCGGCUGCAGCUCUUCUAUGAGAAGGGUCUGGAGAAGCCCUUCAAGGAGUUUCAGCUAGACGGCCGACAUGAGCUCUCCGAGCAUAAGCUUCAGAGCUACAACGAAAGUGACCGGGUGCAUACUAUCAGCAUCGAUCACGUCACCUACAAGGAGAAACGCAAGAUCCAGUCCAAGGUAACCGUGGUGCAUGCCCCUGCCAAGGAUCAGCUGGUGAAACUGGGCACCGUCAACUACUCAGACUUCCUGAGCUUCACCCAUGCCCUGAGGGAUGUGCUGAUGCUGCUGCCUGUGGAACAAGAGUCUCCAAGCAGUUCCCCAUCCUACCAGGAGGAGGAGGUCUUCGUGGAUGUACGAGAUGAGUUCCAUGGUGUUGUGUCCAAGGCCGAUGGCAGGAUUGUGCAGCAGCUGGUGAUGACCCACAUUUAUGUGCUGGCGUUUGCGUCGGGGUCACCAGCCUGCAAGAUUGGCCUCAACGACGUCCAGGUGAAAGGGAACGAGGUGGUAUCCCUGCAUGACAUCAUCCCCAACACCACCACACGCUGGGUCCGACUCCGAGACUGCCGGCUGCACAGUAGCGCAGACAAGCAAGAGUUCACGAGCACCAGAACGAUUUCCUUCACACCCCCGGCAGGUCGCAGGUUCGAGCUGCUCCGUUUCUGUUCGCUCUUUGCUGAGAAGAGCCUGCCCUUCACUCUGAGGACGGUGGCCAGCGUCAAGGGCGCGGAGGUAGAGCUGCAGUCCUGGCUGGCAAUGUCAACUGGAUUCUCCUCCAACCGGGAUCCCCUCACUUUGAUCCCCUGUGAGAAUGUGAUGAUCCGCUAUCCCAUCCCCCAGCUCUGGGCCAAGAACUUCAGGCGGGAAAGCCUGGGGGGCGAGAAGUCUCUGAAAGCUCGCUUCAACAAGGGGGCCAACUUUGGGUCCACCAUCACAUCAGGGCAGGAGCCAGCCAUGCGGGUCACGCUGGGGACAGCCAAAUAUGAGCAUGCCUUCAGGGCUGUGGUGUGGAGGAUAAACUCUCUCCCUGAUAAGAAUUCAGCUCUGGGUCACCCCCACACCUUCUUCUGUCGUCUGGAGCUGGGGUCUGACUGGGAGGUCCCAACCAAGUUCCACCGCCACCUGGAAGUGGAGUUUGACAUGCCAGCUGCCUCAGCAUCCAGGACCACUGUGCGAUCUCUGUCGGUGGGAGAUAGAACUGACGUCAAGAAGUGGGUCAAUUAUAAGGCACACUUCUUGUACCAGGUGGAAAUGGAGCAGAGAAACACCCCCAAGUUGGAUGGUUUGCACACGGAGAGGCCUGGGGAAUGUUCUCUGCAAUGAGGACUCUUAGGCUGGAAGAUCAAAAGCCAGUUUGCACUCUGGACAAUUGACUCUAUUCUACUGUAGAGUACAAGACAGAUAUUGGCCUUAAUCUCUCCUUAACCUUGUGUUUUUAGACUCAGUGGUCGUAAGAAGAGCUUUAACUUUCACUGGUUACGUAACAAUUGGCAGCAGAGAGGCUUGUGGGCUGAUGGGAGAACAAUAUUUCAGGAAUAUUCCUGCUGUUCCUAUAAAUUCACAGGAAAAUGGCGCCCCCAUCUGGCCGCGUCAAGGCUGCCACAGAUUGUGUCACAACCUUCAGAUAUGGGAACCUUUAGUUGACCAAAACUGACAGGUCAGGUAAAGUACAGUAAGUCUGCUGGGUCAUUUGUCUUAGAAGUUUUUCAAGCUGAAAGUUUUCUCCUGUGCCUGCCUGUGUCAGGCACCCUUCAACAUGUGGAGCUGGCCCAUGUUUUAAUGAUGUAUUGCACCUUAUUUGCGGUGUGCUGAAAUACGUGUGCCUCAAAUCGCAUGUAAUUCAAAAUUAUUUAGUGAUGCAAGGGGCCGGGUCUAAACUCCCUUAGAGCUUUAAACCAGGUGUGAAGUCGGAUUAAAUGAUGCAUGUUUCGGGGCCAAGUCACCGGCAGGUCUUAAACUGUUACCUAGCAAUGCAAACUUUUUUAAGAUGUAUUGUCUAACCCGAUGAAAUGAAUGUAUUCCUGUCUUCUGAGCAGGAAAUAAAGGGGUCUAGCAUAGUACCCAAAAUUAUUCAUUUUGGGUGCGUUUGAAAGAAGUUACAAAAAAAUUUGAUACUAAGUUGUUUUGAUAAAGAUUUUGAUGUCAAAUCUUUAUUACAUAAUUACUUCUUUAGCUACAUGAAGUGUGACAUCUUUGGACUUUUGCAGGAAAAUAUCUGUUGGAUUAAUUUUCUGCUCCUCACUGUAACUUUCUGCUAAAUUCAGAUAUACUGCGUGCAUUAAAACUACUGAUAUCUAAUGCAAGCUAAUAAAUAUUAUUUAAAAAUAUUCUGCAAAGAGCAUUUGUGAAUAAAAAUGGAAGUGAUUGACACGUUGAACACUAAUAGUGAAUUUUAACUCUAAACACAAUCGAACAGAAAACCAAUAGAUCAUGCCUGUCACUUCCGUCACGGAUGAGGUGAUACGAAUGACGGUAGACAGAUGGGGUUUGAAGCUCCGGACGUGGGAUGGGAGGAUGACUGAGGAAAGGUGAUGUCUCACUUUAAACUCUUAGCGUUUUCACAUCUCAUAGCUUAAUGCUCUACUUCCUUUAUACUGAUGAUGUAAAUGUCAAAAAUCGAAAAGAGAAAGACCUUUGUUUUGACUGCUUGAGCUGAUGUUGGCCAGGGCUCGUUUUUUGGGCAAAAUGCUGUCAUUUAGAUUUCAGAUUGAAAUCGCUGAAAUGCAAUUGGACUGGGAAGAGGAUUUGAUUGUAGCCUUACUGUGGUUUCGAAAUAGACGAUACUGUCUGUUAAUCCUGAGGGCACUUCUGCUUUUCUGUGGCUUUCUGAGAUGCUGUAAUGUUGUGGUUCUUUUCUGCAGACGAGAAUCGUGUGUGUGUAACUCCUUCUGUGACUCCCCGGGGUGUUCACUGCAUAUGUGCUGUAUGGGUGGGGUGACACAGUGGAGCUAAAAUAGUUUGCACUGGAUGACACCCACGCUUGCGAUUAUGGAUCUGCUGAAAAAGCCAUUCUUUUGUACACGUAAAUAAAUGAGAACUUCUUCUCACGUAA